GUUUAUCCGCCCUGAAAGCACCCCUGAUCAGGGAGGUCGGGUCGCUCGUGGCUUUCCCCCCGCAAACAAGAAAAGUGCCACGCCUUUCUCUCAACACAAGAUUCCAUGAAUUCAAUCGUCUCUCAUCUCCAUCGGCCUUCGCCCGCAAUUCCUGCAAGGAACAACGAAAACGACGCCAUCGCAUACUUCUUUCAUCCGUCAUACCCCACUCCGCACGAUCUGCUCUUCACUUUACCAUGCGUUGACCCAACGAAUGCGCGCAGUGCUACUGAAAGCAGGCGCGGUCUAUACCAUGAUGUAGCUCUUCUCGCUUGUCAGGUCAUAGCUGACAAUAACUUCUCGGGGCGCCUCUUCUUUGAUCGCAAAGGUAUGCGCGCCGUGUUGGAUGAAGUAUCUAUACAGGGGCUACUUCAUCCCGGAGAGUACUUCUUCAUCGUGAACUCUGACCCUACCUAUCGUUACCCGGUCGUCCCCAGCUUUCGCGACUGGCGGUUUCCACAUGGCCAGAUUCCCGACACUUGGCCGUCUCCUAAAGCAUCACCUUCGACCGACACGGUGCGACGUUGCGCGCUUACGAAUCAUGGCUUCGGUCUUACCAACGCCCACAUAGUACCUAGAGAAGAGGCUGAGUGGUUCAUGCGCAAUGGCAUGGCACGGUACGGCAUGGAUACGCGCGAUGUAAAUGACUCCCGGAACAUGAUGCGCUUACGGGCUGAUAUCCACCGUUGCUUUGACGCCCGUGUGUUCUCUAUCAUCCCGAAGCCCGAAUUCGCUUCAGACGACCCUCAGACCUCUCCGAACCGGAAUAUUGCAUAUGUGUUACACGUCUUUGGUUCCAACAUGGAGGAGUUUUCAGAUAUGUACCACAAUAUGUGCGUUCAGUAUCUUGACAACACCAGCCGACAAUAUCUCUUCGCCCGCUUUGCCUGGACAAUUCUGAUUUUUGUCAAACCGUUCGUGCUUGCUGGCACGACUCGAUCUGUCAUUCGGAACAACAGUCAGGUAGCCGGUAUGCAAUGGAUUGCGGAAGACUUGUCAGGUUCUCAGCUGUCAAGUUUGUACGGCGGCGGCGGAUCGAGAAGUGCUAGCCCUAAAAAGCGCAGCCGGCAGGGGGAAGACGAUGUUGGCAGCUUGGCAGACUCUGACGAGUGGUAUGAGGAGAUUUUUGAAUUCGAAGAAGGCAGAGGACGGAAGCGUUUUCGCCGUGAAGCUUCGCCUACGGUACUCGACGGCGGAGACAGGGCUCGCACGCCUGCCCUGUCUAAUGUUUCUACUUUAACAUCGGCCAACAAAACUCCCCCUCCGCACUCGCCAUCGAGUCAUGUCGAGUCCAGCCGGAAGCUUCAAACCUGUGAGAGCACGGCUCUUACUGACUGUUAACACUCCAAAUUUUACCCGACUGGGUAUAUCACGAACAUAGGUAGGUCUCGAUGUUUCCGGUCAUGUUUCCCGGUAAAUGUCAUUCUAUAUAAACCGUAUGGACGCCAAUAGAACACACUACUUUUCGUUGAGACGACCUUUCACUACACUGUCGCACUGGGAACAUGAACUAUGUCUCGUGUUGACAUUUUCUUGCCGCUUCCCGCUUGGAAGUCAAUACGAGAGAAUGUGGCGAGCGUAGGUAACUGAAAAACAAAUCUUUGAAUGUCGCCCGUAAAUUCGGGGUCGCCACAUGCUGCAUGCGAUCAGAGCCAAUACCUCAAAAACGUAGACGAGUUAGCACUAACCCAACACAAUC